AUGAUGUUGAGUGUAUUAGGUAUAGUACCAGUUCUUCUGUCAUUGUCCACUAACGAUCAUGAGUUUGAAGCUAUUCCAGAUGACCAGCUGGUCAAAUUCCAACUGUUUGCGCAGUACUCUGCUGCCGCCUACUGCGACCAUAACAACGACGACGGUAUCCUCGGCAGCAUACGUUGCAUUGAAGGGGUUUGUCCCCUCGUCGAAGCUGCCAAUGCCCAGACAAUAGCAGAGUUCAACGAGGAGGACAUCCGCGGCUUUGUUGCUGUGGACGACACCCAUCGACUUCUUAUCGUAUCGUUUCGCGGCAGCAACUCCGUGCGGAACUGGAUCAAGAACUUCCAAUUCUGGAAGAUAGAUGAGCCUGGACCAAGGGGGUUCUGGGACAAACUGUUCGGAUCAGACAAGCCUCAAAGUGGUAACGACAUCUGCUCUUGCGGGAUACACUCCGGGUUUUAUAGAUCCUGGCAGCUCUUGAAACCUGACGUUAUGGACGCACUCACCAGGGCUAGAGAGGCGCAUAAUGACUAUCAUGUGGUCGUUACCGGUCACUCUCUAGGUGCGGCCAUUGCCACGAUCGCUGGUGCUUAUCUUCGCACGAUGCAGAUACCCUGCGAUAUAUAUUCAUAUGGCUCACCACGUGUCGGGGACGCACGGUUUGCUGAGUUCGUCUCAGCCCAGCAGGGAUUAACAGCCCGGAUAACUCAUGGAUAUGACCCGGUGCCAUCACUACCCCCAAUGAGCUUGUUCGGGAUCUAUGAUCUUGGUUAUAGACAUAUCUGGCCUGAGUACUGGAUUUCAGGUGUAUCCCUGAAUGGCACCGAUACCAUCAAGGUAUGCCGUGGGCUGGAGAAUCUAUCAUGCAAUGGCACACGCCAAACAGGAUUCAGCUUUGAGAUUGAAGAUCAUCGAAAUUAUCUGGGCCAUAUAACCGCAUGCGGGCCAAAGUUCACGUACCGUGAUAUGGACGAAAGCUGGAGCGCCGAGGAUCUGGAUCGUCUGAGAAUGCUGGCCGGCAAUGAUACCUUCUUUGCAACCCAUUAUAUCUCCAACGGAACGGGUGUUUGA